AUUUUAGACUUGGAACAACAUUAGGCGAGAAAAAUGAGAAGCUACAAAGAAAUAGGCUUCUUUGAAUGCUGAACCACAUACAGUACAAGAAUGGGCAACUUCUUGUUCUUGAAAUAAAUACUUUGAAAUUUCUCUCAAGAACAAGAAUUUUCCAUCUUUGGCUUUCUGUGCUGAAAGAAAGUCAGGGAAUGCAGAUUCAGGGGAUAUAAAAACAUAAAGGAUGAAUCUUUUAUGGUUUAACAUGGAUAUUGAAAAAAAUAUGUCUUCAGAAUCUUGGUUAACAUCACUUUCUUGUUCUGCAUCCACAUUACAAUCUGAUUCAGCAGUGGUUAAGUGGCUAAGAUUCAUUUUCCUCUCUCCAUGUCCUCAGAGGACUUUGUUAUCUUCCAUUGAUGUGUUGCUUUUGCUUACUUUCAUGAUGUUUGCAGUACAAAAGUUGUACUCAAAGUUGAGGUCUAAUGACCAUGCUAACUCUGGCAUUGACAAACCCUUCAUUGCACACAACAGGGUUACUGUAAGAACCAAUCUUUGGUUUAAGCUGUCUUUGAUUUUGUCAGCUAUUUUAGGCAUAUCUUCUAUAGUUUUAUGCAUUUUGGUUCUUGGGGGAAGUUCUCAGUCGCUUUGGAAGGUCAUAGAUGGAGUGUAUUGGCUGUUUCAAGCGAUUACACAUGUUGUGAUCACUGUACUAAUAGCUCAUGAGAAAAGAUUUCGAGCUGUUUCCCAUCCGUUGUCCCUGCGUGUUUUCUGGAUUGUAAACUUUAUAGUUAUGAGUUUGUUCUUUGGUUGUGGGGUUACAAGGCUGGUCUCAUUUAAGGAAAUUGAUCCUAAUUUAAGAAUGGAUGAUAUAAGUUCAUUAGUUGCAUUUCCUAUUUCUGUUGUUCUCUUCAUUGUUGCCAUCAAAGGUUCGACCGGAGUUGCUGUAAUUAGUGAUUCUGAAACUCACAUAGGGGAUGAAAUCAAUGGGUAUCAACCCCUUGUGGAUAAAUCCAGUGUUACUGGUUUUGCUUCAGCCUCUCUAGUAUCAAAAGCUUUUUGGAUUUGGAUGAAUCCUUUACUGCAAAAAGGUUACAAGUCACCUCUCAAGAUUGAUGGAGUUCCUUCGCUUUCUCCACAUCAUAGAGCAGAAAUAAUGUCUCAACUUUUCGAAAGGAAUUGGCCUAAACCUGAAGAGAACGCGAAGCAUCCUGUCCGAACAACAUUGCUGCGUUGCUUCUGGAAGGAAGUUGCUUUUACUGCCACCCUUGCAGUAAUUAGGGUCUGUGUGAUGUAUGUAGGGCCAACACUCAUAAAUAGGUUUGUCGAUUACACAGCAGGAAAGCGGACAUCUCCUUAUGAAGGAUACUACCUCAUAGGAACUCUCUUAAUAGCCAAAUUUGUGGAAGUUCUGACCUCUCAUCAGUUCAAUUUUAAUUCCCAGAAGCUUGGAAUGCUCAUAAGAUCCACACUUAUCACUUCUUUGUAUAGGAAGGGCUUAAGGUUGUCAUGCUCAGCUCGGCAGGCUCAUGGUGUUGGACAGAUUGUAAAUUAUAUGGCUGUGGAUGCUCAGCAGCUGUCUGACAUGAUGCUACAGUUACAUUCCAUUUGGCUCAUGCCACUGCAAGUUUCUGUGGCUUUAGCCAUCCUUUAUACCAGCCUUGGUGCGUCAACUGUUGUAACACUAGUGGGACUUGCAGCAGUCAUGGUAUUUGUGGUGUUUGGAACUAAAAGAAACAACAGGUUUCAAAGUAACAUCAUGAAGAAUCGUGAUUCCAGAAUGAAGGCAACAAAUGAGAUGCUUAAUUAUAUGCGCGUUAUAAAGUUCCAGGCAUGGGAAGAACAUUUUAACAAGAGAAUUCAAUCCUUCCGUGAAUCAGAGUACACAUGGUUGUCCAAUUUCUUGUACUCAAUAGCUGGUAAUAUUAUCGUCUUGUGGAGCGCGCCUCUUCUAGUGGCUACACUCACUUUUGGAAGUGCACUUUUGUUGGGAAUUCCACUUGAUGCAGGGACAGUGUUCACUGCAACUGCUCUCUUCAAGAUGUUGCAAGAACCAAUCAGGGCCUUCCCUCAAUCCAUGAUCUCACUUUCACAAGCAAUGAUAUCUCUUGAAAGAUUAGACAAAUAUAUGAUCAGUAAGGAGUUAGUGGAUAAAUCAGUGGAAAGACUGGAAGGUUGUGGGAGUACAAUUGCUAUGAAGGUGAAAGAUGGAACUUUUGGUUGGGAUGAUGAUAACAGUGAACAAGCGCUGAAAGAUAUAAAUUUUGAGAUUAGAAAGGGAGACCUUGCAGCUGUAGUAGGGACAGUUGGAUCGGGAAAGUCCUCCCUUCUCGCAUCAGUACUUGGUGAGAUGCACAAGUUAUCGGGUCAGGUCACAGUUUGUGGUUCAACUGCCUAUGUUGCACAGACAUCAUGGAUUCAGAACGGCACGAUAGAAGAAAACAUCCUGUUUGGUAUGCCAAUGAACAGAGACAGGUACAAGGAAGUAAUCCGGGUCUGUUGCUUGGAGAAGGACUUGGAAAUGAUGGAGUUUGGAGACCAGACUGAAAUAGGAGAGCGUGGCAUUAAUCUUAGUGGUGGACAGAAGCAGCGAAUUCAGCUUGCAAGAGCUGUUUAUCAGGACUGUGAUAUUUAUUUACUUGAUGAUGUCUUCAGUGCAGUUGAUGCUCACACUGGCUCUGAAAUCUUCAAGGAAUGUGUGAGGGGAAUUCUUAAAGAUAAAACCAUUUUGCUUGUCACACACCAAGUGGACUUCUUGCAUAAUGUUGAGCUGAUCCUUGUCAUGCGAGAUGGGAGGAUUGUGCAAUCUGGCAAGUAUAAUGAGAUACUGGAAGCUGGAAUGGAUUUUAAAGCGCUAGUAGCUGCGCAUGAGACCUCUUUAGAACUUGUUGAUGUGGAAACCAAUAAUGAGAGCAACGCUCCCCUCGAAGUAUCAAAAUCUUUUGGAGGAUUAUCUAAACACGGGGAAGGAAAUGGUGAGGAUAACUCUCAACAGUCUACAUCUGAUAGGGGUAACUCAAAACUUAUAAAAGAAGAAGAAAGAGAAACUGGAAAAGUCAGUCUUCGGGUGUACAAGCAAUAUAUUACUGAAGCUUUUGGAUGGUGGGGCGUGGUGCUAGUUUUGUUGUUUUCUUUCUUGUGGCAAGGUUCUCUAAUGGCAAGUGAUUAUUGGCUGGCAUAUGAAACUUCAGCAGAUCGUGCCAUGUCCUUCAAUCCUUCUUUGUUCAUUGAAAUAUAUGGUAUUAUUGCAGUUGUUUCUGCUUUGUUGAUAGUGGUAAGGAUGUAUUUUGUGACGCUCAUGGGGCUUAAGACUGCCCAAAUAUUUUUCGGACAGAUUCUUCACAGCAUACUGCACGCUCCUAUGUCCUUUUUUGACACAACACCUUCUGGAAGAAUUCUGAGUCGGGCAUCUAAUGAUCAGACCAACAUUGAUGUAUUCCUCCCGUUCUUUAUGAAUUUGACUUUGGCCAUGUUUGUCACGCUGUUUGGCAUCAUUAUCAUCACAUGCCAAUAUUCUUGGCCAACCACACUACUUUUAAUUCCUCUGGGUUGGCUAAAUGUCUGGUACCGGGGAUAUUAUCUUGCAACAUCUCGUGAAUUGACUCGGCUUGACUCAAUUACAAAAGCACCUGUUAUUCAUCAUUUCUCUGAAAGCAUCUCAGGUGUUAUGACUAUACGUUGCUUUAGGAAGCAGGAGAUGUUUAGUCAAGAAAACAUUAACCGUGUGAACGCCAAUCUGCGAAUGGAUUUCCACAACAAUGGAUCCAAUGAGUGGUUGGGCUUCCGACUGGAACUGCUUGGAAGCUUGCUUCUCUGUAUUUCUGCAAUGUUCAUGAUUGUCUUACCUAGCAGCAUCAUCAAGCCAGAAAACGUUGGCUUAUCGCUAUCAUAUGGUUUGUCCCUAAACAGUGUGCUAUUCUGGUCCGUCUUUGUGAGUUGCUUCGUCGAAAACAAAAUGGUUUCUGUUGAAAGAUUAAAACAGUUCUCAUGCAUACCAUCAGAAGCAGAGUGGAGAAAAAUGGAUUUUGUCCCGCCUUCAGAUUGGCCGAGCCGUGGCAACGUUGAGGUUGAAGACUUGCAGGUCAGAUAUCGUCCAAACACUCCUCUAGUGCUUAAAGGAAUUACUCUCAACAUUAGAGGGGGAGAGAAGAUUGGUGUUGUUGGUCGUACUGGGGGUGGAAAAUCAACACUAAUUCAAGUUUUCUUCCGUUUGGUGGAGCCUGCAGCUGGAAGAAUAGUCAUUGACGGCAUUGACAUAUCCAGGCUCGGGCUUCAUGAUCUUAGAUCUCGCUUUGGAAUCAUUCCCCAAGAACCAGUUCUUUUUGAAGGAACUGUGAGAAGCAACAUUGACCCCAUUGGACAAUAUUCAGAUGAUGAAAUUUGGAAGAGCCUCGAUCGCUGCCAACUGAAAGAUGUGGUGUCUUCAAAACCCGAAAAACUUGACUCACCUGUUGUUGAUAAUGGAGAUAACUGGAGUGUCGGGCAGAGGCAGCUUCUUUGCUUGGGAAGAGUGAUGCUAAAACACAGCAGACUUCUAUUUAUGGACGAGGCAACCGCCAGUGUUGAUUCACAGACCGAUGCUGUGAUUCAGAAAAUCAUCCGCGAGGACUUCACCGCCUGUACUAUAAUCAGCAUUGCCCACAGAAUACCAACAGUCAUGGACUGUGAUAGAGUUCUUGUUGUAGAUGCAGGAAUAGCAAAAGAGUUUGACAAACCAUCUCAUUUGCUGGAAAGGUCUUCACUUUUUGGGGCUUUGGUUCAAGAAUAUGCUAACAGAUCAUCUGAGCUCUAACCACAUCAUUCUGGCUUUCUUGGUUUUUGCUUAAUUUGUAAAAUACCUAUCCAAAUAUUUACACUAGAUUUUCAAAUAGUAUCAUCUCCUACUAGUCUCUUAAGUAGAUUUUGCUGUGUUGGAACAAUAUUGGCAUUAAAACAAUUGUAAUUUCUCUUUCAAUUAAUAAAAAACAAGAAGGCUAUUUUAUAUAGGGUGA